AUGGCACCCCAUGCCAUUGGCCUUUCCGAUGAAGAUAGCCACACCUUGAAUGGGCAUGCAAAGCCUCUGAGCGGAGAACACCGCUGGAGUAACGGCAUGACUGUCUCGACGAACGGACACCUCAAUGGCAUGGAUAAGUCCAACUUCCCCGAACCUAUCGCCAUUUGCGGUAUGGCCAUGCGUCUCCCUGGCGGAGUGCGUGACGCAGAAGGGUAUUGGGAUCUCCUUUACAACAAACGCAGUGGACAGUGCAGAGUCCCGGCAGACAGAUACAACGUUGAAGCCUUCUAUGGGCCGGGCAAGAUCGGACAUGUCAACAGCAUGCACGGGUAUUUCCUAGAGGACCAUGACUUGAGCCACAUCGACACCACAUUCUGGUCCAUGACCAAGCAAGAGAUUGAAGCUAUGGAUCCCCAGCAAAGGAUGAAUCUCGAAAUCGUUUACGAGUGCUUACAAAAUGCUGGGCAAAAGCCGAACGAAUUGCGAGGUCGCAAAAUCGGUGUAUACGUCGGCACAUUUGACGGUGAUUGGCUUGAACUCGAUGGCCGCGAUACUCAGCACUACAACUCUUAUCGGCUCACAGGAUAUGCUGACUAUAUGUCUGCUAACCGUGUCCAUUAUGAGUAUGACUUUAUGGGUCCUAGCAUAACAGUCCGCACAGCAUGUUCAUCUUCUAUGUCUGCUCUGUAUGACGCGUGCCGCUCACUUCAUGCUGGAGACUGUGAGGCUGCCGUUGUAGCUACCUCCAAUCUCAUGCUCUCGCCUAGGACUACGGCCACAAUGGCAGAUCAAGGCGUUAUGUCCCCAACGGGUUCGUGUAAGACGUUUUCUGCAGAAGCUGACGGUUACGCUCGCGGUGAAGCUGUAUCGGCUGUGUAUAUCAAGAAACUGAGCGAUGCUAUCCGAGACGGCGAUACCGUCCGAUCUGUGAUCCGCUCAUCAGUCAUCAACGCUGGAGGACGGGCUUCAACGCUUACGGCACCAAACACCGUCGCACACGAGGCGUUGAUUCGCAGAGGACAUGAAGCAGCGGGAAUCACUGACUUUUCGAAGACAGCUAUGAUUGAAUGCCAUGGAACAGGAACAGCUGUCGGAGAUCCGAUCGAAACGAAAGCUGUAGCCAACAUAUUUGGCGAGCACGGCAUUUACAUCGGCUCUGUCAAACCCAAUAUCGGACACGGUGAAAGUGCCUCCGGUCUUUCGAGUAUCAUCAAGAUGACCCUCGCAUUGGAGAAGAAGAUCAUCCCACCAAACAUUCUUUUCUCUACGCCUAACCCCAAGAGUUCGUGGCUGUUCCAUUCGAUGAAUAUGCUUCUGGAAUCAGCAGAACACCAUGGCGUGGGACGCAAAAAGGUGACUCUCGAGCCCACAUCUCUUGAGCCAGAGCCGAAGCUGCUGGUGUUCUCAGCCAAGCACCCAGAAUCUCUCAAGCGAUCGGCGGCAGACCAUGAGUCGUACAUCAAUUCACGCCCAGAGUCCAUCAAUGACAUGAGCUAUACGCUUGGCGUAAAGCGCGAGGUUCUAGCUCAUCGUGCUUUCUGCGUCACCGAUGGGCAAGGAACGUUUGAUCUAUCUCGCAUCCAGAAGUCGACAUUGAAGAGCCCUCCUAGUAUUGUCUUUUGCUUUACUGGUCAAGGUGCCCAGUCCGCCCAGAUGGGCAAGGAGCUUAUCCAAAACGUGCCAUCUUUCAAGAAAACCAUUGAACACCUGGAUCAAGUUCUGGCCAGCCUGGACGACCCUCCGAGGUGGAAACUCUUAGAUGAACUCAUGGCAUCCAAGAAGUCGAGUCGUCUUGGUCAGGCUGAACUAUCGCAGCCAUGCUGUACGGCGCUGCAGAUUGCGCUCGUCGACCUUCUCGCAUCGUGGAACAUCCAUCCAGCUGCCGUCGCGGGCCACUCCAGUGGGGAGAUCGGCGCUGCCUACGCUUGUGGCUCCCUAUCUGCAGAAGACGCAAUCGCCAGCGCGUACUAUAGAGGAGUUGUGACUCUACGCUUGAGCCCAGAGCUCGUCGGCGGCAUGGCGGCCAUUGGUCUUGGCGCUCAGGACGUUUCCAAAUAUCUCCAGCCCGGUGUUACGAUUGGCUGUGAGAAUAGCCCGGAAAGUUCCACCCUGACAGGGGACAAGGUAGUCCUGCAAAAAGUCAUGGAAGUCAUCAAGGAGAAUCAUCCUGACACCUUGGUCCGUGCUCUUGCUGUUAACAAAGCCUACCACUCGGCUCAUAUGGAGACGGUCGCAGACGAAUACACCACGCUUCUGGGCAAGCUUCACGCAGGUUCACCCAAAGUUCCGUUCUUCUCCUCGGUAACCGAAAAGGUUAUCACAGAUGCCCACUUGCUCAACGCCUCUUACUGGGUGAAGAACUUGAUUAGCCCUGUCAAGUUCACUGGAGCAAUUGGAAAUGUCCUGGACACCAUGAACGCACCCAAGAUCUUCCUGGAAAUUGGACCACAUACCGCUCUUGCAGGUCCAAUCCGACAGAUUCUCCGGGCCAAGUCAUCGCAAGACCCUUACGUUGGCACCCUUGCUCGUGGGCAUGACGCUCAUGAGCAGUUGCUCAAGACUGCUGGAGAACUUUGGCUCAAUGACUAUGCGGUUGAGUUCGAGAACGUCAAUGGUAGAGGCAGUUUCCUAACAGAUCUGCCCUUAUACCCUUGGAACUACGAGUCAAUUUGGGGCGAAUCGCGUCUGUCGAGAGACUGGCGUUUCCGCAAGCAUCCCCACCACGAUUUGAUCGGGUCGCGUGUUAUUGAGAGCACUGAUCAAAAUCCAUCUUGGCGCAACAUCCUCAGAAGCGAUGAGAUUCGUUGGGUCAAAGAGCACGAAGUCACAGGCGACGUGGUUCUCCCUGGUGUGGGCUACGUCUGCAUGGCUGGUGAGGCCGUCAGACAGCUUACGGGUAUCUCGGAUUACACUGUCAGGAAAGUCAACAUAAAAGCUGCUUGUGUGAUUCAAUCCGGACAAGAUGUGGAAAUCAUUACUCACCUCUCCAGAGCACGCGUUACGGACUCGCUUGAGUCUCUAUGGUACGACUUCACGGUGUCUUCGCUUAACAAAGAUACAUGGAUCCAACAUGCCUUCGGCCAAAUCCGACCUGGAUCUGAGAUCGAAAGGGAGAACAUUGAGAUCAAGCCGCUUCCCCGCCAACUCUCCAAACGUACGUGGUACCGAAAGAUGCAGCAGAUGGGGCUGAACUAUGGAACGCGCUUCAGGGCCAUCAACAACCCCACCUCUCACCCCACUAUCAAGUCCGCAGUCGCCAACGUAAAGAGUGAGCUCGUCGAAGGGGAGUCUCACUAUGCUGUUCACCCGUCUGCCAUGGACUCCUUGUUGCAGCUUCUGAUGCUCGCGGUCAGCAAUGGUUUGGAGAGAAGAUUUACCGUUUUGGCUGUGCCCACAUACAUCGAGGAGCUCUACGUCCGCCCGCCGGUUGGCGAGAUGACAGUCCAAGCCACGGCUGACUUUCCACCCAAAGGCGGCGCAAUGUCGGGAGACGUCGUAGCAAUUGACUCUGAAGGAACUACGGUUGUGCAACUUACGACCCUCCAGACUUCACCACUGGGUGACGGCAAGACAGAUGACAACAGAGGCUUCAACGAUCUCCAUGCUGCCACUGAGCUCGAGUGGAAGCCCGAUCUGACCUUCAUGAAUGCCUCGGAUCUAUUCAGCAUCUCCAUGGAGCGCGGAGAAAUCCACAACAACCUCGACAAACUUGGUGCACUUGCCAUGCUUGAAGCAGAAGAGCGUCUGGAAGGUCAGGCCACAGAGCAAGGCCAUCUGAAUGUCUUUCUCAACUGGCUCAAGAAUAUUAACGCCAAUGUUGACCCCGCGCUUGCGAAGUUCGAUUCUCCACAGCGGAUUCAGAUCAUGGACGAGUUGCAUGACUGGCUGCAGGGAUCUACAGCCAAGGCCGGCGCGACUGCUAUCAUGCGAAUUCUCAACAAAUGCAGAGGCAUUUUCAAGGCUGAGGUCGAUCCUCUUGAUCUCCUGAUGGACGACGGCAUUCUCACCCAGCUCUACGAUUUCAUGCAGAUGCAGAAUUCGAAGUACACGUCAUUCCUCGACCUCCUGUCCCAUAAGACGCCGACCUUGCGCAUCCUCGAAAUCGGUGCCGGAACAGGUGGUACUACCAACACCCUGCUCCCAUUCUUAAAGUCGCAAUACGGAGAGCGCACAUACUUCUCCUACACCUACACCGACAUCUCAUCUGGGUUCUUCAUACAGGCUAGAGAACGAUUCAGGGAGUACCCAGGCAUGGAGUACGCCGUGUUGGAUAUUUCCAAGGACCCGCUGGAGCAGGGCUUCGAGGCCAACACCUUCGACAUGAUCAUCGCCACCAACGUCCUGCACGCCACGCCCAGCAUUCACGAGACGCUCUCCAACUGCCACAAACUGUUACACCCACGCGGCCGCCUCUUUCUGCAAGAGCUUGAUCCAGUGAGCAAAUGGAUCAACUUCGUUAUGGGCGUCCUCUCUGGAUGGUGGCUCGGCGCUGCGGACGGAAGACCUGAUGAGCCUUAUAUCCCUGCUGCGAGGUGGGAGAAAGAACUUCGUGGCGCGGGCUUUGAUGGUAUUGACUCUAUCCAUCAUGACGGCUACCUCGACAACAACAUCAUAGCCAUGCCCACGCGCCCGGCUCUUGCAUCGCGUCGCAUCACAGUGCUGUGCGUGGACCCGAAGGCACCCGAGGUGCAGACCAUUGCUCAAGGCCUACAAGGCAAGGGCUUCGAGCUCGAUUUCUGUAGAGUCGGACAAACUCCAACUGCGGAGCAAGAUGCCAUCUCGCUGCUUGACUUGGAUCAUCCGUUCUUAUACUCAGCAAACGAAGCGGAGUUUUCGUGGUUCGUCAAGGUCGUGGAUUGCGUUAAAGGGGCUGGGGAGAACCAUACUGGAAUCCUCUGGGUAACCGGGGCUUGUCAGGUCAAUUGCACCGAACCGAAGUACGCGCUUAUAACAGGUGUGUCUCGUGUGUGCCGCACAGAGAAACAGAUGGACUUCGGUACUUUCGAGCUGGACUCGUUUGAUGAGAAGACUUUAUUGAUUGUGCCGGAGGUAUACGAUGAGUUCUCGCAGCGUUCUCAUGAGGAAAGUAUGACGCCUGAUGUGGAGUGGGCUUACGACAGUGGCAAGGUUAUGGUGAGUCGGUACCACUUCAUCGAUGUCGCUGAGGGCAUGAAAAACACUACGGUGACGCCCGAGGUGUCCACGAAAAAGCUGGCCAUCAACAAGCCCGGUGUCCUUAGCACGCUCGCCUGGGAACAGCUCGAGCUUCCCGCUCUGGGCCCGAACGACGUGGAAUGUGAAGUCAAAGCCGUGGGGCUCAACUUCAAGGAUGUCUUGAUAGCCAUGGGCAUCAUCACGGAUUUGCCUGCCAUCGGCGACGGUCUCGGACUGGAAAGCUGCAGUAUUGUUACGCGCGUAGGCUCUGAAGUCUCUUCUCUGAAGAUUGGAGACCGUGUUAUUGGCUGCAAGACCGGAUCGUUCACGACGAAGAUGGUGCUCAGCGAAAAGCUUUGUGUGAAGAUCCCCGAGCAUUCGUCGUUGAGCAAUGAAGAGGCUUCGACUAUGCCUGUAGUUGUGUGCACUGCACUCUACGCUUUGCAAGAUCUUGCGAAAUUGGAUGCGAGCAAGUCUGUUCUUAUCCAGUCUGCGGCUGGUGGUGUCGGUAUUGCGGCUAUCCAGAUUGCGAAGAUGGCUGGAGCAGAGAUCUACUGCACAGUUAGUUCCCAAGAGAAGCGCGACUUUUUAUCCCAAACCUACGGCAUUGAAGCAGAUCACAUCUUUAACUCUCGCGACGCAAACUUCGUCUCUGGUAUACUGGCCAAGACAGAAGGCCGUGGAAUAGACGUCGUCUUGAACUCCUUGUCUGGUGAGCUACUUCACGCUUCCUGGAAAUGUGUCGCGGAGUUCGGUAUUAUGGUAGAAAUUGGUCGCCGUGACUUCAUCGGCCAUGGCCAAUUGGGCAUGGAGAUGUUUGAUGGAAACCGUACUUUUAUCGGAUUUGAUCUCUCGACCAUUGCUUCAAAGAAACAGGCUGUCAUGAUGAGUCUCAUGGAGCGCGCGUUGCGCUACAAUGCUGAAGGCCAUAUCAACCCCAUCACUCCCAUUCAUGAGUUCUCAGCUGCGCAGAUCGGUGAGGCGAUGCGCUACCUGCAGCGAGGUACACAUAUUGGUAAGGUUGUUAUCACAAUGCCCGAAGACCAUGCAGCUCUGCCACUGGAGAAAGUGCGCGGCGAGCUGAAACUCAGCCCUGAGAAGGCAUACUUGUUCGUCGGUGGUCUGGGUGGUAUCGGAAGAGCUGUUGCAAGCUGGCUUGUGGAGAGAGGAGCAAGACGGAUUGUGUUCCUGUCCAGAUCUGCUGGUAAGGACCCCAAGACGCAGAUCUUCCUGCAUGAAUUGGCAGCUCAGGGAUGCACUGCAACCACAUUUGCAGCUGAUGUGUGCAACUACGACGAUGUUCUCAAGGCGGUCGAGUCGAUUGACAUGCCAAUUGGUGGUGUGCUCCAAGCUGCCAUGGCUCUUGCAGACGUUUCCCUCGCCGACAUGACCUUCCAGCAGUGGCAGUACGCAAUGUUGCCCAAGGUCCAAGGAACUCUCAACCUCCACAAGGCUCUGGAGAGCCACAAGUCCUCUGUCGACAUUUUUUUCACCUUUAGUUCCGCUGGAUCAACCAUGGGUAACUGGGGUCAAGCCAACUACAACGCUGGAAAUUGCUUCCUCGACGCAUUCAUUCAAUACCGACACUCAAUCGGCUUGCCCGCCUCUUCUCUCGACGUCGGUGUCAUCGAAGACGUUGGCUACGUGGCUGAGAACCCCAGCAUGCUCGAUACGCUGCGGGCCACAGGUCAAUAUCUAAUUCAGGAACGCGAGCUACUCGAGAGCAUCGAGCUGUGCAUGAGCCGGUCGCAACCCCCAUCACUCAAACGCAAACGCGACGACGCCGACGAACUCCCCCGCUACGCCAACCCCAGCCAAGUCGCCAUUGGUUACCGAUCCGUACUACCCAUUACAGCGCCCAACAAUCGCUGCAUCUGGCGCAAGGAUCGCCGCAUGACCAUCUACCGCAACCUAGAGCGGCAGGAAACUGCAGUUGCAGACUCAGGCAACGGCGCGCUGACGGCCUUCCUCAAGGACAUUGUCAGCAACUCGACGCUGCUGAAGGAGCCCGAGUCGGCGGAAUUGCUGGCGCAGGCGAUCGGCAAGACGCUGUUUGGCUUCUUGAUGCAGGAGGACGAGGAUGUGGAUCUGACUGCGCCGCUGGCGACGAUUGGUAUUGAUUCAUUGAUCAGUAUCGAGUUGAGGAACUGGAUUAGAGCAAACAUCGGUGUGGAGCUGACUGUGCUGGAAAUUGUCAGGGCGGAUGACAUUGCGGCCUUGGGGGCUCAGGCUCAGGUCAAGUUGAUUGAGAAGCUUGUGACAUAA